UUUACUCAUCGUAGUUCAACAGAUUUCAUUGUAAAUAAAAAGGAAGAAAGUUAACGCGGUAAAAAGAAUUAUAGUGCGUUAGCCUUAAUUUUCUUUUUUUUUUUUUUUUUAUCUUAGCCUUGAAAUGGUAUAAUAAGAAAAUGGGUUGAUUCUCGUUGACGAGAUCAGGUGAAUCACGAUGUGAAGUAAUGUCGUUCGUGAAAAUUAGUAGAUCUCGUGUAUGUGUCUUCAUUGUUGGAGAUUCAACGAAUCAACGCGGAUUACGCGUAAGAUUAAACUCGUCGAAAGUCUUUAGAAAUAUUUUUUUAUCUUACAAAGAGAAAUUCUUUCUUUAUAUUAUCAUAUUAUUUAAAUGACGAUAUUUACACGAAACGUUCGAUUUAAAUGGAAUUGAAAUUUCUCUGUAUGGAAGGAAGAAAAAGUCAAACAUGUUUCGAUCGUUCUCCGGCAAACGAUAAUAACAAACAACAAACAUAUAUCGAAUAUAUAUAUAUAUAUAUAUAUAUAUAUAUAUAUAUUCAAAUUUCUAUAUUGUGUGUGACAGUUAAUUUUAUUUCUUUCGUCGUCGAUUAAAUAACAAUUAUCUCUCUUAAGAGAUCAAUCAAAUAUUGUAUAAUUAGUUAUAUCAUCGAGAUAUACUACAUAAACGCAAUAAUUCUCUUCUUCCUUUUGAUUAAUAUCUAAUACUCCACUGUUUUCUCUUUUAUGUUCAAUAAAAGAAUAAUUCUUUUGAAGAUCUUUACUUGUGACAAACGAACAAAUGGGAUCGUUAAAAAAAAGAAGAAGAAAGGAGAAAGAAAAAAAGAAAAAAAGAAAAAAAGAAAAGAAAGAAACAUUCAUCGAAUGGAUAAAUUUUUUGAUAUUAUAUUUCAACUUAUAUGAUUUAUUAAAUUCGAUCGACUUCGAACUAUGUUAUACGAAGAAAAUUUUCGAAGAUACACACAAAUUGAAGAUUCGAAAGAUUCGCAGAACUAUCAUCCUCUAUAUCACAUGAUGGAAUAGAAUUCGUUUACAAAAGACGACUAAUCCCAGAAUCCGCCCCACUUCUUCGUUCGGUCCUUCGAAUAUAAUCUAUUUAUAAACUUACGACUUAUUAUGUACCGAUUAGUCGUUCGAAAUACUACAUCGUGUAUCCUACAGCGAUAAACGUGCAAUUAAAAUUAUAAUUUUGGCUAAAUAUUUCUAUGAAAUAUGAGAUAUUAUUUUUGUGAAUACUUCAUUGUGCAAUCAUAAGUGACGUUAAUCUCUGUGAAUUUUUUUUUUUUUUUCCCCCAAGAGAUCGCGAUCGAUUCUUUUCUCUUUCCUUUCUUUUUUUUUUCCACACAUAAUUGUAAUUAUAUGUGAAUAGUAUAUAAUAAUUAUAAUGUGAUAGUAAUAAUAAUAAUAAUAAUAAUAAUAAUAAUAAUAAUAAUAAUAAUAAUAAUAACAAGAAUAUAUAUGUCUAUAUCGUAAAGUUGUACGUAGCAGAGGAAUUAACGGAAUCAAUUCGACCGAUUCCGAUUGUGUUUUCGAUAAAUUUUUUCGACAAAUUUUUCAAACAAUAACAAUUAUAAUAACAAAUUUAACAAAUAAAUAAAUAAAUAAAUAAAUAAAUAAAUAAGUGAAUAAAUAAAUAAAUAAAUAAUAUUAUAUUGAUAUUAAUUAAAGUGUUGGAAAUAUAGAUUAUAAAAAAAGAAAAAGAUUCGAUCGCGAGGAUAACGAGUAUAGAAGAGAACACUGUCACUGUGAUCUCUACGGUCGACCGAUAGGAGAACGAAAUGGCAGGAGUGCGAGUAGCGUGCCGUGGUGUGCUAUAUAAAUAAUACUUCGCGCAAAGACAAAUCAGUCGACUUGCGGCCGCCGUACCUGUCACGAAGGAUCGAUUGAUCACUCGAUCUAUCGUUAAUAAUCUAUCAUUAACGAUCGUUCGUUCUUCGUUGCACACGGUAGCCGCAGAGUUAAAGAUAAUUUAAGAAAGAGAUUAAAGGAAACUCGUGAUAACCGUGAACGAUCCGUGAUCCAUUAGAGCAAAGAUGUCGCACGACAAUUUAGGAUUUACAGCGAGUACGGAUGCUUUGGAGCCGAAAGGAUGGCACUCAAAUUCCAUACCGAUGCAACAUAAAAACCCACAAAAGAAUAACCGGUCGAGUAUUUAUACGUUGGAGCUCGAAGAAAAGAAGAAAGGUAUACAAGAAUACGACGAUGAUUAUGAACCAUACGACCAUAGAACGGUGGCACAUCCGACCACAAAUGUGGAGACUUUAUUCCAUCUAUUAAAAGGUAGCUUAGGUACUGGUAUUCUUGCAAUGCCAAUGGCCUUUCACAAUUCGGGAUACGUGUUAGGCAUGAUCGCUACAAUAAUUAUAGGUCUACUUUGUACAUAUUGCAUGCGAAUACUCGUUACUUCGAUGUAUGAUCUGUGUAAAAGAAAAAAAGUAGGAUCCAUGACUUAUCCAGCGACUAUUGAAGCUGCACUUGAGGAAGGUCCGGUAUGUUUGAGGCGGUUUUCGAAAUUAUCGAUACACGUAACAAACACUUUUCUUUUGAUUUAUCAACUGGGCAGCUGUUGUGUCUACGUCGUGUUCAUUGCAAAUAAUUUAAAAAGGGCAUUCGACAGUUUUCUUCCCGAUCACGUCAAGAUUUAUAUGACCGAUAAAAUAUACAUGGUACUUAUAUUGUUGCCAUUGAUAUUUAUCAAUUGGAUUAAAAAUUUAAAAUUUUUGGUACCCUGUUCGAAAGUUGCCACUGUCGCGACAUUCGUCAGUUUUAGUAUCAUACUGUAUUACAUAUUUAAGGAUCCUUUAUCCUUUGACGAUCGUGAACCAAUUGGAAAGAUCGAAAAUUUUCCACUUUACUUUGGCACUGUAUUAUUUGCCCUGGAAGCUAUAGGCGUGAUAAUGCCAUUGGAGAACGAGAUGAAGACGCCUAGACAUUUUACAGCUCCAUGUGGUAUUUUAAAUAUUGGUAUGGGCACCAUCGUCAUUUUAUACGCCGGAAUGGGAUUUUGUGGAUACAUACGUUAUGGUAGUGACAUCAAAGGCAGCAUCACCUUGAAUCUUUCGUCUACGGAGGCAUUAGCAAAAACUGUACAACUUCUUCUUGCAUUGGCCAUUUAUUUCACCCAACCGAUUCAAUGUUAUGUCGCGAUCGAUAUAGUAUGGAACGAAUAUCUUAGUUCACGUUUAGAAAAAAAUUCAUACAGAAAGUUAUGGGAAUAUCUUGUCAGGACUGGCCUUGUACUCAUCACAGCUCUACUGGCCAUCGCAGUCCCAAGCUUAGAAUAUUUUAUAUCGCUAUUCGGUGCCCUGUGUCUCUCAGCUCUUGGUUUAGGAUUUCCUGCGAUCAUUCAACUCUGUACAUGUUGGAAGGAUGCCGAUCGAUCGACCAAGGCGUUCAUGCUUAUAAAAAAUUUAGUCAUUGUUGCGAUCGGAGUUAUUGGUUUGGUCGUUGGAACUUACACGAGUUUACGAGAGAUCUUCGAGAAGGUCAUAUUGAAGAGCACAAAUUGAUCGAUCGAUGAUUAAGGGAAAAAAAGAAAAAAAAAAAAAAAACAAUAAAAGAGAAUUACUCAUGAAUGAAAUUUGACUAGUGAGAGUAUAACCGGAAUGCUCUCAGUCACGGAGAUAGUAACCGGGAAUAAAAUUGUGAUAUAUAUAAUAUAUGUAUGUAUUUGUACAAUCAAGAGGUUCGAAUAUGUAUAAUAAUAUUUUUUCCGUCGUACAGGGAUAAAACUAAAAUUAACAACCACGUCGUAAUAUAGAAUUUAUGAAAUUGAUCAUCGACCUGGACGGCAACAAGAUAAUUCGAUAACCUCGAGAAUCUUGGUGCGAGAUUAACGAUCUUAUUAUAUCUUAUUUUUAAAAUAAUAAUAACGAUAAUAAUAAUAAUAAUAAUAAUAAUAAUAAUAAUAAUAAUAAUAAUGCGCCGAUUGUAAUCGUGCCGUCGACUACCGAAUAGUAUCUUUCUUUCUUUCUUUUUUCUCUUUUCGUUUUCCUUUUUUUUUUUUUUUUUCUUUUUUUUUUUCGAAGAAAGCGAGUAAAUUAACAAAAACAAAAAACAAAAAAAAAAACAUAAAGAAAAAGGAAAGAAGAAGAAAAUAAAUAACACGAGGAAUGAAGUUCCCGAAAUGCGUCCUAUUAUUGAUGUACAUAUGUCACUUAUACGUGACCAAUCGUAAAAAAUCUUACACUAUGAAGUCGUCGACGAAUUAUAUAUAUAUAUAUAAUAUAUGUGACAAAGAAAAGAAAUAAUUCAUAUUGAGUCGAUCGUUUUGAUAAAAUCUCUGUACAUAUAUCUAUUUGUCUCUCUCUCUCUUUCUCUCUCUGUAUUUCUCUUUUUUUCUCUCUCUCUUUCUGUCUCUCUUUCUUUACUACAUAUGUAUAUCGAAUUUGAGCGAUUCUUAGCUCGAUCGUGUACGUUGUACGUAAAUUUUUUUCUGUUCUUCUUUUGUUGUUUUUUUUUUUUUUUUUGUUUUUUUUUUUUUACUAUACUAUACUAUA